AUGCAGAACAAGAUCGUGGACCGGUGCGAGCAGCUCCAGCUGCAGAGCGCUGCCAUUGCCCAGCAUGUGGACGAGGUGUUGCCUGCCAAGGACCAGGGUGUCCUGAACGCAGCCAACGCGGCGCGGGAGCUGGUAAUCCAGAGGCUGAUCUUCGUGGGGAAUGCGUGUGAAAAUGAAGAACAGCGGUUGCUGGAGAAGGUGCACGCGGAGGAGGAGCGGGCGCACCAGAGCAUCCUGACCCAGCAGGUGCAUUGGACUGAGGCUUUGCAGAAGCUGGCUGCCCUCAGAACCUACCUGGUGGACAUGAUCACCAACCUGGAUGACCAGGGCUUGGUGCAUGCAGAACAAGACAUCUUUGAGAGGACAGAGGUGGCUGAAGGAAUCUUGGAGCCACAGGAGUCCCCGAAGUUAAACUUUAAUCAGACCUGUGUUCAGAGUCCACUGCUGCAUCGACUAUGGGCCUCUGCUGUUCUCUGCUGCAUCGCAGGCUCACAGGAGAUUCACAUCGAUGAGAAAACUGUCAGCCCCCACCUCAGCCUGUUGGAAGACAAGAAAACCCUGACCUUCAGCCCCAAGAAAGCAAAGGUGGACUUGGACUGCCCUGAGCGGUUUGACCACUGGCCCAAUGCUUUGGCUACUGCGGCUUUCCACUCGGGAGUCUGCGCGUGGAAGAUCAGCGUGGAGAAGAGCUGUGCCUACAAGCUGGGGGUUUGCUACAGCUCCCUGCCACGGAAGGGGUCUGGCAAUGAAGCCCGCCUGGGCUUCAACACCGUCUCCUGGGUCUUCUCGCGCUACGACAAGGAGUUCAGGUUCCUGCACGCUGGGCACCCGCAGGCGGUGGAGCUGAUCAAGUCUCCGGCUGAGAUCGGGGUGCUGGUUGACUUUGCAGGAGGGGAGGUGCUCUUUUACGACCCCGAUUCCUGCACCAUCCUCUUCUCCCACAGGGAGACCUUCACAGAGCCCCUCUAUCCUGUCUUUGCUGUGGCACACCAGAGCAUCUCGCUUGUCCAGUGA